CGGCCUUCCAAAGUGCUGGGAUUACAGGCGUGAGCCACCGUGCCCGGCCUAUUGUUUUCUUUAAUGUUGAACCAGUCUUGUAUUCAUGAAAUAAGCCAUACUUGAACAUAGUAUCCUUUCUAUAUAUUUUUGUUUUGUACAUUUAAAAAAUAGUAAUUGAAAUAGGUGUUGUUACUGCUUGUGAGUACCAGAAUCCAUUGAAAUGCCUUUAAAUAUCAUGAUCAAUUCAUUUAUGAAUUUAGUCAACAAAUACAUGAUAAUUACUGUGUGCCAGGCAUUAUUCUAGUGCUGGAGAUUAGAACAUUGAGUUCUUGCACUUAAACUACAUUCUUUCCUAGAAUGUAAUAUAAUGUCAGGUAGCUAUGAAGAGCAAUAAAGCAGUGUAAGGGAAUGGAGAAUCAUGAACCAAGAGGCUGAAGCUAUUUUAAAUAUAUUGGUCAGUGAAGGACUCUAAUGAGGUGACCUUAGAAGAGAAACAAAUGAAGUGAGGGAGCCAGCCAUCUUAUUUGUAAAAAAAUUUUUUAGGCUGAGAGAAUAGCAAACACAAAGUCCCUGUGUCAGAGACUUGCCUGGUGUGUUUCAAAUAUAGCAUAGAGGCCAGUGUUUCUGGAGUGUAGUAAUUCAUGGAAAGAGUUGUAGAAGGCAAAGUAGUCAGGAACCUGAUAAUACCAAUUUUGUAGGCUAUAGUAAGGACAACUUUGGAUUUUAAAUAUACUGGCAACCACUCAUUUUCUCACCAGGUGUUUGUUGGGCAUCUUCUGUGUGUCAGAUAGAUUUGCAUGUUGAGGAUACAGUAGUUAAUAAAACUGUUCAAAAAUCUAAGCCUUUGAAGAGCUUAGAAGUGUUAGUGGUAAGUGUAGUUGUUUAUGUAAUAUGAAGGUCAUCAGAAGUGGUAGUUUGGAAUAUUCAGUAGGGAAACAUUGUUAUAUAAAAUGAUUAUAUAUCUAGAUAAUUUAAAUAAUUGGAAGAAAUGUACUUAUAUUUUAUGCUUAAGCUAUACUGAACAUAAUUUAAUCUUUUUUAUUUAUAGGAGACAUAGCUAUUUUCAUUAGUUUCUUUUGGUUGCAAAGUAGAGAGACUUAUUUAGGCUAGGUUUGGAAAUCACAGAAUAAGAGCUAUGAUAUGUCCAGGUCUUUCAUAGACUAGAGCUUAAAAGUCUUCAUAUCCAAGUGUAUUCAUUAUUUAUUACUGUGUAAUAUGUUACCCCCAAAUUUAGUGGCUUAAAUUACAUACUAUUUCAUAAUUUCUGUGUGUUGAGUAUCUAGGCAUGUAAGCUUAGCUGGGUGCCUCUGGCUCAAGGUCUCCAUAAGGCUGUUGUUAAGGUAUUGGCUAGAGCAACAGUCAUCUCAAGGCAUUACUGGGAAGGAUCUGUGUCUCAGAUCACUCACAUUGCUGUUAGCAGGCUUCAGAUUCUUUGCUAUAUGUUCGUUGAAGACAUCGUUUCUUUACCAUGUUGGUCUUUCCACUUCAUAACAUGGCAGCUGGCUUUCCUGAAUAAGAGAGGGUGGCCAGAUGGAAGCCACAGUCUCUUUGUAACCUAAUCUCAGAAGUCAUCUCAUCACCUCUGCUACAUUUUCAUUAAAAGCAGGAAUAAUGCCUUCUGGUGCAUAUUCAUUUGUGAAAAAGGUUUCCAUUACUUAUCUACAGGAAUCGCCAUGACCCCAGCUCUGAGGGAGGCAACAGCAAAGGAUAUCGGCUUUUCAUCUUUGCCAAGUACCAUGGAGUCUGACAAGAUGCUCUACAUGGAAAGUCCAAGAACUGUAGAUGAAAAGCUAAAGGGAGACACCUUUUCUCAGAUGCUUGGAUUUCCAACUCCCGAAUCUACUCUAAAUACUAAUUUUGUGAAUUUAAAACAUUUUGGCUCCCCUCAGUCUUCAAAACAUUACCAGACUGUUUUUUUAAUGAGAUCUAAUUCUACAUUAAAUAAAUACAAUGAGAAUUAUAAACAAAAGAAAUUAGGGGAGCCCAGUUGCAAUAAGCUGAAAAACAUACUGUAUAAUGGCAGCAACAUUCAGCUCGGUAAAAUCUGUCUUUCUCAUUCUGAAGAGUUCAUCAAAAAGGAACCUUUAUCAGAUACCACGAGCCAGUGCAUGAAAGAUGUACAAAUUAUUUUGGAUUCAAAUAUAACCAAAGACACUAAUGUAGAUAAAGUACAACUACAAAACUGUAAAUGGUAUCAAGAGAAUGCACUUUUGGAUAAAGUUACUGAUGCUGAGAUUAAAAAGGGUUUAUUGCACUGUGCUCAAAAGAAAAUUGUAGCUGGCCACUCAAAUGUGUCUAUUAGUUCUUCAGCUGCUGAAAAAGAGGAAGAAGUAAAUGCUCGUUUACUUCAUUGUGUAAGCAAACAGAAAAUUUUACUUAGCCAGGCUAGAAGAACUCAGAAACAUUUGCAGAUGCUCCUGGCAAAGCAUGUUGUUAAGCACUAUGGUCAGCAGAUGAAAUUGUCUAUGAAACACCAACUCCCCAAAAUGAAGAUGUUUCAUGAACCUACCACAAUUUUGAGUAACAGUUUACCUAAAUGCACUGAAAUUAAGCCAGAAGUUAACACAUUGACUGCAGAGAAUAAAUUGUGGGAUGAUGCAAAAAAUGGCUUUGCACGGUGUACAGCUGCGGAAAUCCAAAGAUUUGCGUUGUCUGCUACAGGGCUGUUGUCUCAUGUUGAAGAGGGUUUGGAUUCCGAUGCAACUGAUAGCAGCUCUGAUGACGAUUUGGAUGAAUAUACCCUUAGAAAAAAUAUGGCAGUUAACUGUAGUACUGAAUGGAAGUGGCUUGUAGACAGAGCACGAGUUGGCAGCCGAUGGACUUGGCUUCAAGCCCAGAUUUCAGACCUAGAAUGCAAAAUCCAACAACUAACAGACAUCCACAGGCAAAUUCGUGCCUCCAAGGGGAUAGUGCUCCUAGAAGAAUGUCAGCUUCCAAAAGACAUUUUGAAAAAACAAAUGCAAUUUGCAGACCAAGCAGCUUCACUAAACAUUCUAGGGAAUCCUCAGGUUCCCCAAGAGUGUCAAGAUCCUGUACCGGAACAAGAUUUUGAAAUGUCACCAAGCAGCCCUACUUUACUUCUUCGAAACAUCGAAAAACAGAGUGCACAGUUGACUGAGAUCAUCAACAGUUUGAUUGCCCCUCUCAACUUGUCCCCAACUUCAUCACCCCUCUCUUCCAAAUCCUGUAGCCAUAAAUGCCUGGCUAAUGGCAUUUGCAGGAGUGCAUCAGAGAAUUUAGAUGAGCUGUCUUCCUCCAGUAGCUGGUUACUUAACCAGAAGCACAGUAAGAAAAAGAGAAAAGACAGGACAAGACUGAAAUCUUCAUCCUUGACUUUCAUGAGUACAUCAGCCCGAACAAGGCCACUUCAGAGUUUCCACAAACGAAAACUCUACAGAUUGAGCCCUACUUUUUACUGGACUCCACAGACUUUGCCUUCAAAAGAAACAUUUUUAAACACUACCCAAAUGCCUUGCCUGCAAUCAGCUUCAACUUGGAGUAGCUAUGAACGCAAUUCAGAGUCUUACCUAUUAAGAGACCAUGUAUCAGAGUUAGAUUCCUCUUUCCAUUCUGUUCUAUCAUUGCCAUCAGAUGUGCCUCUUCAUUUUCACUUUGAAACACUGUUAAAAAGGACUGAAAUAAAAGGCAAUCUUGCUGAAAAUAAAUUUGUAGAUGAAUAUAUCAUAUCUCCAUCACCUGUACAUAGUACUUCUCUGAAUCAAUGGAGAAAUGGAUAUUCACCUAUAUGUAAGCCUGAAAUAAGGUCAGAAUCUUCUGCACAACUGUUACAGGGAAGAAAGAAAAGACAUUUGAGUGAAACAGCAUUAGGAGAAAGAAUUAAACUUGAAGAAUCUGAUUUUCAACACACAGAAUCAGGAUCCCAUAGCAAUUUUACAGCUGUUUCUAAUGUCAACGUUUUAUCAAGAAUCCAGAAUUCAUCAUCACGAAAUACUGCACGACGGAGAUUGAGAAGUGAGAGCUCUUAUGACAUAGAUAACAUUGUGAUUCCCAUGUCAUUAGUAGCCCCAGCUAAAUUAGAGAAACUCCAAUAUAAGGAAAUACUUACUCCAAGCUGGAGGAUGGUUGUUCUUCAGCCUUUGGAUGAAUAUAAUUUAGGCGAAGAAGAGAUAGAAGAUCUUUCUGAUGAAGUCUUCUCCCUAAGGCACAAAAAAUACGAAGAGAGAGAGCAAGCCAGGUGGUCACUAUGGGAGCAAAGCAAGUGGCACAGAAGAAAUAGCAGAGCUUACAGUAAAAAUGUUGAAGGACAUGACUUGCUUUUGAAAGAAUACCCUAAUAACUUUAGUAGCAGUCAGCAAUGUGCUGCUGCAAGUCCUCCUGAGCUUCCUUCAGAGAACCAGGAUCUGUGUGCAUAUGGCUUACCUUCUUUAAAUCAAAGCCAAGAAACCAAGUCUUUGUGGUGGGAACGACGGGCUUUUCCACUGAAGGGUGAAGACAUGGCAGCCUUAUUAUGUGAAGAUGAAAAAAACGAUCAGGUUGAAUGGUCAAGCACAGCUUUCCAUGGUGAAAUCUUCGGUACCAGUGUACCAGAGAAUGGCCACCAUCCAAAAAAGCAGUCAGAUGGAAUAGAAGAAUACAAAACCUUUGAUCUAGGACUUACUAAUGUUAAAAAAAAUAGGUGACAGGGAACAGGUUAAGAAAACUAUGUAAAUGUAGGAAAGAUGGGAGGAAAUAAAGCCCUGUUCUGGAUCCCCCAUCCCCUCCAGAAUAAGAGCAUGUUCUGCAUGUAUUAAUCUUUUAUGCUGUUUAUGAAACAGGCAAGAUAAGUCUGUUUUUCCUUCUGAACCACAAGGGUAACCAGCUUUUCAUCUACAGACAAGUGGUAGUCAUUUGUGUUUAUCAUGCAACUUACAAACACCAAGAUAUUAAUUGCUGCAACUUGAUGUCAAAUCACCUUACUGGGUAAUUUUUAAGACUAUGUACCCACACCAUACAUACAUACACAUAUAUACACAUACAUACAAACCUGUGCGCCAAGUGACAGCUAUUUUUUUAUAUACAUGGUAAUUCAUUAAAAUUGCCUUAAUAUUAGAAUAUACAAAUAUGUGUGUAUAAAAUAAACACACACACACACAUCCCCCUAUGUAGUUUUUGAAACACUGGCAAUGACCCACUCCCCUUGGAAAUGCAUGUAUGAACUACCCUAUGAAAUGUAAGCUGCAGUAUAGAUAAAACACAGGUUUCCACUGAUAAAAGACAUCUGAACAUCUUGAAUAUAGAGAUUAAAAGUUUUUUGUUGUUUUUUUUGUUUAACAUGUUUAACCAACAGUAGAAGUUAUUUACAGAAAUUUAUAUACCAGAUAACACAAAACUUCUUUAUCCAAAAUCAUUGAUAUCUUUGGGACUAAACACAGGCUACUUUCUGUUUACUCCUAACAAAAUAAAGCAAGCAAAUUUGAGUUAAAUAUUGGUGCAAUUUAAUACUAUCACAUCUUUGAAAACUCAAUUUGAGUUUUACCAAUUAAUGUGUCUCAUGAAGACACCAAUUUAAAAUGAGCCACAAACAGUGAAGUCCUAUCAGUAUAAAAUUUGAAAAAAAAAAUGAUUGUAUUUCUAGAUUAGCAAGAAAUUAGUAAUUCUGCCUGAUUUCUAUUUCUAGCUAAUUUGGUCAUUCUUUGCCAUAGCUUACUCUAUUCAAAUAAACAUAUAUUCUUGCUUGCAUCCUAGAUUGGGAAUUAAACAUUUUCAAAAAACAAAGCUUCAAUAUUUGGAUACUAAAGAGUAUAUAUGAAAGAAAAUUCCUUUUGAAGCUAUAAAACCAUUUUUUUCUAUGUGAAAGUUGAGGACAAUUUAUAUAAAUCACUUUUUGUCAUGUAAAAAGGUUAUUCAAGUUGUACUACCCACAUAACUGAAAAUAUUGGCCAUUUGGCCUAAUCUGUGAGAUCUGACACUAAGUUUUUGUUAGAGAUUGGAAAUUAUAUUAGUCCUUUUAAGGGGUAAAAAAUCCAAAUUCAAUACUGACAAACUUUUGCUUGUAGUUUUACUGUACAUUUAUUUUUAAAGAAAAAGAAAACAAAAGCCAGACAAACCCAAGUUGUCCAGGCAAAUAAACUCAAAUCUUUGUCAUGUCUGAUAUUAUAAUCUUCUAUGUAAGUUUUUUAAUUAAAGUUAUUUCUAUAUA